GAUUCGCUGCGCUUAAUCUGCUUGUAGAAAAAGAGGGCUCCUGGAAUAACUAUUUGGCGUGGAAGGCGAGUUGGUUCAGUCUCCGUCCCUUAUCCUGACGGGUUGCAAAAAUGAAUGUUGGCUGCGUUGUUAUAUUGGCUUUUGCCUUACUUAUGGGCACAUCUUUGGGGAUGAAGGCAGGCCAGCCGCCCAAACCCCUUUGCAGACCAGGCUUCUCUGAGAGCUUCUACACAGUGAUUGUCUCUAGGGAUGUACUGCGAGGCCACAGCAUUCUCAAAGAUACUACCCUGUCAAGGCACUGUGUGAAAUUCAUGGAUUGCCAGCAAAACAAAGAGGUGGGCUUUGUGAGCAGUGACCCAAACUUCGGCGUUCGUCCUGAUGGCUCAGUGUAUGCUGAGCAGGAGGUGGCCAACCUGUCAGAACCGGUCCAGUUCAUGGUCACCGCGAGGGCGGUUCAUGACCCCCACAUCUGGGAGACCACCGUAAAACUGGCCCUGGCUGGACACCCCCCCUCCUUACUCAUGAGUCAGGUUGGUGUGGAGGAGAUGCUGUCAAAGGUGUGGGACUCCCAACCCAGAGUCAUCAGGUUUCCACGGAAACAUCAGAGGAGUUCUUCUGUCAACGGGCUGAGACGUCAGAAGCGAGACUGGGUCAUCCCACCAAUCAAUGUCCCUGAAAACUCCAGAGGUCCCUUCCCCCAGAUGCUUGUCAGAAUUCGUUCAGACCAGGACCAGGACAUCGGGAUUCGUUACAGCAUCACAGGAGCAGGGGCAGACCAGCCUCCCAGUGACAUCUACAACAUAGACCCUGUUCACGGCAAGAUGUAUGUCACCAGACCACUGGACAGAGAGGAAAGAGCCUCCUACCAUCUCAGAGCGCAUGCUGUGGACAUGAAUGGGAACCAGGUGGAGAACCCCAUUGACCUUUACAUCUAUGUCAUUGAUAUGAAUGACAACCGGCCAGAGUUCCAGAACCAGGUUUACAACGGCUCUGUGGCGGAGGGAUCCAAACCAGGCUCGUCAGUGAUGCAGGUCACAGCCAACGACUCUGACGACUACACCACGGCUAACGGGAUGGUGCGUUACAGAAUCCUGUCCCAGACACCCCACACCCCCAUCCCCAACAUGUUCACCAUCAACAGUGAGACAGGCGACAUCGUAACCGUGGCAGCGGGCCUGGACAGAGAGAAAGUGUCCCAGUAUACUAUCAUAGUUCAGGCCACCGACAUGGAGGGGAACCUGAACUUUGGUCUUUCCAACACGGCCACGGCCCUCAUCUCUGUCACAGACAUCAACGACAACCCCCCAGAGCUGACCGCUAGGACGUUUUCGGGAGAGGUACCUGAGAACAAGGUUAAUGUGGUGGUGACCAACCUGACGGUGAUUGACAGGGACCAGCCUCACAGCCCUAACUGGAAUGCUGUGUACAGGAUCAUCAACGGAGAUCCCUCUGGACACUUCAGCAUCCGCACCAACCCCAUCAGCAACGACGGCAUGGUCACCGUGGUUAAGCCGGUGGACUUUGAGAUGAACCGGGCCUUUAUGCUGUCAGUGGUGGUGUCCAACCAGGCCCAUCUGGCCAGUGGGAUCCAGUCGUCCCUCCAGUCCACGGCGGGGGUCACCAUCUCAGUUCAGGAUGUCAACGAGCCCCCUGUGUUUCCCGUCAACCCCAAACUCAUCCGCUUCGAGGAGGGCGUUCCAGCAGGCACCACCGUCACCGUGUUUGCUGCCACUGACCCUGACCACUUCAUCCAUCAGACCGUCAGGUACUCCAAGCUAUCUGACCCGGCCAACUGGCUGAGAAUCAACAGGACCAAUGGUCAGAUCACCACCUUGGCUCAGCUUGACAGGGAGUCCUUCUAUGUCAAAAACAACAUCUAUCAGGCCACCUUCCUGGCUGUCGACAAUGGUUCUCCUCCAGCUAGUGGAACAGGCACCCUGCAGAUCUACCUGAUAGACGUGAACGACAACACUCCAGUGCUGAUUCCCAAGGAGGCGCAGGUGUGUGAGCGGGCCAGGCCCAACUCCAGGGUGAACAUCACAGCCUCGGACGCCGAUGCAGACCCCAACGUGGGCCCGUUUGUCUUCGAGCUUCCCUCUUUCCCCCAGAGCGUCCGCCGCAACUGGACCAUCUCCCGCCUCAGUGGUGAUUACGCCCAGCUGAGACUCAGGAUCCCCCACCUGGAAGCGGGGGUGUACGACAUUCCUGUGACCGUGUCGGACUCGGGCAACCCGCCCCUGUCCAACAGGUCUGUGAUCAGGGUGAAGGUGUGUCCGUGUGACGAGGAUGGAGACUGCACCACCACAGGAGCUGUAGCCGCCGCUGGCCUGGGCACUGGAGCCAUCAUAGCCAUCCUCAUCUGUAUCAUCAUCCUGCUUACCAUGGUGCUGUUCUUCGUCAUGUGGAUGAAGGGGAGAGAGAAGGAGCGCCAGGCCAAGCCUCUCCUGAUCGACCCGGAAGACGACGUCAGAGACAACAUCCUGAAAUACGACGAAGAGGGAGGAGGAGAGGAGGACCAGGACUAUGACCUGAGCCAGCUGCAGCAGCCUGAGUCUCUGGACCACAUCAUCAGCAAGCCAGCGGGGGUGCGCAGGGUGGACGAGAGGCCUGUGAUUGUUGAGUCUCAGUACCCUGUCAGACCCAGCCUGCCCCACCCCGGAGACAUAGGAGACUUCAUAAACGACGGUCUGCGGGCAGCUGACAACGACCCCACGGCCCCGCCCUACGACUCCCUGCUGGUGUUCGACUACGAGGGCAGCGGCUCCACGGCCGGCUCCGUCAGCUCCCUCAACUCCUCCAGCUCAGGAGACCAGGACUACGACUACCUCAACGACUGGGGGCCGCGCUUCAAGAAGCUGGCCGACCUCUACGGCGGAGGGGAUGACGACUGA